AUUCAUUUACUCCAUUUAGCACCAAACACACCCUUAAUCAAGAACCAAUAAUAUCUUCAUUUCUGUUCACUUUCUUUCUUCUAUCUACCAAAAAUCCUCUACUUUUUAGUACGGACAAUCUUCUAUAGCUGCUAAAAUCCAGCCAUAGGAAGGAGACAAACGGGAGGGAUGUGUACAUUAGAGAAGAGAGGCAACAUCUUCCUCCUAACCUUAACUGGCACUGAUGAGCACCGUUUACACCCCAACCUUAUUGAUUCCCUCGCCGCCGCUCUCCGCCGUCUCCGAUCUGAAUCAGCUUCUUCCUCUUCCGCUUUGAUCACCACAGCCCAAGGAAAAUUCUUCUCCAAUGGUUACGAUCUUAAGUGGGCCUUAGUUGACAAAGCUCGCCCACAACUCAUGUCUAAGAAACUCCGCGCUCUUGUCUACGACUUAAUCACCUUGCCUAUGCCCACAAUUGCUGCUGUCACUGGACACGCAUCUGCUGCCGGCUUUAUCUUCGCCCUUUCGCAUGAUUAUGUUCUUAUGCGUAAGGAUCGAGGGUUUCUUUAUAUGAGUGAGCUUGAUAUUGGGUUUAAGAUACCCAUUUGGUUUUCGGCUUUGUUGAAGUGUAAAGUUGGGUCGCCGGCGGUUUGGCGUGAGGUGGUGUUGAAAUCGGCUAAGAUGACGGCUGAGAUGGGAGUUGAAAUGGGGAUCGUGGAUUCGGCUCAUAGUGGAGCAGAGGAGACUGUGGAGGCAGCUGUGAGGUUAGGUGAAGAAUUGGUGAGCAGAAAUUGGGAUGGGAAAGUGUAUGCUGAUUGUAGGAAAACUUUGUAUGUCGAGCUACUAAAUUCUCUUGGUUCUGAUGAGACUGUAGGAGAUUAUGGCAAGGAGGAGGAGCCAAACAAGAAUCUCUCAAGGCUCUGACUGAUCAGAAGCGGAUUCAAAAUUUGAAGUUUAUGAGACUGAGGAUUAUGGAUUGGCUUUCUGAAAUUAUAUCAUGCAUCUUUCCUUCAAGUCUAUAUUUUCUGGAUCCCUUCCAUUUUAAAAAUUGCCACUCAGAAUUAUCAGGAUCUGUUACUAGUAAUAAGUUUACUGUGGCAAACCAGACAAAUUCAACAUCCGCAUCAAAAGGAUGAGUUCUGAGUGCUGCCUCCACAAUCAUCAGUUUGUUGUAAAAUGUGUUAGCUUCUCCUGGUGGCUGCAUCCGUUGAAGACUUACCAUUUGUUCGUGUAGAAUUGUGUGUGCUUUGAGAUGGCGCGGACACUAAUUUCAACAUCAGAUUCAGUAUAAUGAGGGAAGAGGAAGUAUGCUGCAGGGUGAAGUUGUGUUUUCUCUUUAAUACCAGCUUCUGGCUAAGGAAAUUGCGCCAUAUGUUGCUCGUGGACACUUGGUUAAGGCUCCCAUUAUCUCGGCUAGUUCUUGCUUAACUUUGUGUUUAAGUCUAGAUCUGAAGCAGCUUUUCCAUUGCUCAUCUUGUAGUUGAUUGUUGGUGUCUUUUCCUCCAACGAAUAAACGCUGGAAAAGAUUGAAUAUUUUGUAAUAUAGACAUCAUAUGACUUCUGGACCAUACGAUUUUAUGUUUGAUUAUACUGUAUUAUGAAUAAGUAUUAUUUUGUUAGAAGAAAUUGUCCACAAACGUUGUGAAGUUUACUUCCCUCAGCUCCCUCUUGUAGUAGGACUGGAGACUCUCAGAGGUGUAGAUGUAGUUGGCUUUCCCUUGGUGUAUGUAUGUGUUUGCUCUUGAAUAAAUGCCCCAAUACCGAAUUCAGUG